ACUUGCAAAAUGUUGACGUUUUUUGUUUUUAUGAUAGUCGGAGCUAUAGUUUUGAAAGCGGAUGAUGAGCCCUGCGACAAUAAAGGAUGCGACCCUGAUAUUUUGCUAAAGGAAUGCCGAAAUGAUCCAACCCUCUUACUUCCACACCCUGGUGAAUGUCAAGUUUACUACGACUGUUCUGUGCUCUAUGAGAAUGUUCCAAGAUAUUUUGAGCAGCAUUUAGAGGAAUGCCGUUACCCCCUCCUGUUCUCAACGAAAUCUCUGAAGUGUGAACAGCCUGAAGAUGUCGAGUGUGGAGAACGCAGGGAAUACAAAGACAGAUGUGAUUACCGAAGAGAACAGUGUGGAACUUCUCAUUGUUACUGUCAACUUAGAUAUCCUAGCUGCAUCGGAAAGACUGAUGGUUUGAAUAGCUUUCCCUAUAGACCAAAUACACCAUACUAUAUCAAUUGUGAAAACCAACGUCUUAAGAGUGUUGGUUUAUGUGGGAAGGAUUCAGUUACGGGAAAGCAAAUGUUCUUUACAAAAAAUGGAUGUUUUUGAUAUGUUUGUCAUUUUUCGCUGUAUGUAGUUAAUAUUCCUUCACUGAUGACACAUAAAAUGGUACAUCGGAAAACAUAAACAUAUUCAUAUAGAUACAAAUAGAUAACAAUGCGAAUAACCAAUACUAUAUUUUACCUCAAAUUACGAAGUAAGUCGUGACAAAUUGCAUGUUAUUUACCACCUACUUCGUACUUCCG